AUGGCGGAACCAAAGCUUAGGGUUUUAAUGGUCUCUGAUUUCUUCUUCCCAAACUUUGGUGGUGUGGAGAAUCACAUCUACUAUCUCUCUCAAUGCUUGUUAAAGCUCGGACACAAGGUGGUGGUUAUGACACAUGCUUAUGGGAACAGGUCCGGAGUUCGAUACAUGACAGGUGGGCUCAAAGUCUAUUAUGUGCCUUGGAGACCUUUUGUUAUGCAGACCACAUUUCCAACGGUUUAUGGAACGCUUCCCAUUGUAAGGACCAUACUUGUACGCGAGAAGAUAACCGUAGUUCACGGCCACCAAGCCUUCUCCACACUUUGUCAUGAAGCUUUGAUGCAUGCCCGGACAAUGGGCUACAGAGUUGUCUUCACAGACCAUUCCCUGUACGGGUUUGCUGAUGUCGGGAGCAUCCACAUGAACAAGGUCUUGCAGUUCAGUUUAGCAGAUAUCGACCAGGCGAUUUGCGUUUCACACACGAGCAAGGAGAACACGGUUCUGAGGUCUGGAUUGUCCCCAGCAAAGGUUUUCAUGAUACCAAAUGCUGUUGAUACUGCUAUGUUCAAGCCUGCUUCUGUCCGACCCAGCACCGAUGUCAUCACUAUAGUUGUCAUAAGUAGACUGGUUUAUCGGAAAGGUGCAGAUUUGCUUGUUGAAGUCAUUCCCGAAGUUUGCCGUUUAUACCCCAAUGUUCGUUUUGUAGUUGGAGGGGAUGGACCAAAACAUGUGCGGCUAGAGGAAAUGAGAGAGAAGCAUUCUUUGCAAGAUAGAGUUGAAAUGUUGGGUGCAGUUCCGCAUUCUCGUGUGCGCUCUGUUUUGGUAACCGGUCAUAUAUUCCUUAACAGUUCUUUGACAGAAGCCUUCUGCAUAGCUAUUCUGGAGGCGGCUAGCUGCGGAUUAUUAACCGUUAGUACUCGUGUUGGAGGUGUCCCAGAGGUCCUACCUGAUGACAUGGUUGUGCUAGCUGAGCCAGAUCCGGAUGAUAUGGUAAGAGCAAUCGAGAAGGCAAUAUCAAUACUGCCAAGUAUUAACCCUGAGGAGAUGCACAAUCGAAUGAAGAAGCUCUACAGUUGGCAAGAUGUUGCCAAAAGAACCGAGAUUGUGUACGACCGUGCCUUGAAGUGUUCCAAUAGGAGUCUUCUAGAGCGUCUAUCUCGGUUCCUGUCAUGUGGAUCUUGGGCAGGCAAACUAUUCUGUAUGGUUAUGAUCAUCGAUUACUUGCUCUGGCGGUUACUUGAGUUACUGCAGCCUAAUGAAGAGAUAGAGGAGGCACCCGAUAUCAUUAUUGGUCAUCACAAAGGUAUUGAGAGGAAGAAGAUAGAACUAUUAAAUCGCUUUCUCCUCCUCUUUCGAUUUUCUUCGCGGCGCAUUCAGAGAUUCAAACUCAGGUGCAGGAAAAUGGUGGCAACACAAGCCAGCACUGGCUUAUUCGUCGGGUUAAACAAAGGACACAUUGUCACAAAGCGCGAGCAACCUCCUCGCCCAAACAACAGAAAAGGGAAAACAAGCAAGAGGACACUCUUCGUGAGGGGUCUCAUCAGGGAAGUCGCAGGUUUUGCUCCCUAUGAGAAGAGGAUCACUGAGCUUUUGAAGGUCGGCAAGGACAAGAGAGCUCUCAAAGUUGCCAAGAGAAAGUUGGGAACUCACAAGAGAGCCAAGAGGAAGAGAGAGGAGAUGUCUAGUGUCCUCCGCAAGAUGAGGUCUGGUGGUGUAACCGAGAAGAAGAAGUGA